GCACAACAAAACAAGCCAGCCGAGUAGCGUUUCACUCGUAUCACUUGUAAAAAAAGAUGCAUCACGAACACGAUUACUGGAGAAACGCAAAGAUCAGGCAGCGUUACGCCAUAAUGCCAAAGUGAAUCUUAAUGAAAAGGUUCGACGAUUAAAAAGAAUGGAUCAAAUACACAAUUCGGCUCAAGAGCAAGUUGAGCGCAUAGCCGAUCAGCGGUGUUUUGAGGAAGAAAAGAUGGUCAAGGGGUUGCUGGAUGAGUAUAUCAAGGCACAACGACUAGCAAUUAUUGAAGAGCGUCGACUGGAGCGAGAUACGCAGAAAAAAAGCAAUGAACAAAAGAAAAUCAAAGAGAUGUCACGACGCAAAUUAUAUCCUUUUUUCAUUUGGGUUAUUGUGUAGAUAUGAUUAUAUAUAGGUGAUGCCUUGACUAUGAUUUUUUACUCUGCAGGAUCAGAUUGAUAUGUUGAACGAACAGCUAGCGGAACAAAACGCGAAGAAGCACUUGUUAAAAAAGUACAAAAUGAGGAAAUGAGGACAUUAGUUCGAGAACAAAAAGAACAUGCGAAAGAGAGAAUCCAACAAAUCAAAGACAAACUCGACCAGGACUGGGGGAGAGCACUGUACGAACAAGAGGCGGCAGACGCAAUCCGACGCAGGAUUAAAUUUCAAGUAGUUAGUAAACGGAAUAAAGUUUGAUGGAGGGAUUCCCUCGAAAGUUG